AUGAGAACAAUUCUCACGAUACUUCCGAACAAUAGUUUGAUGAAUAAUUCACUGUAUGGCUUGCUGAGAGAAGCCAUGCAAACCAAAACCACGUCCACGGUGGACUUUUUUGAGAGAAAAUAUGAAAUUCUUUCAAAGUUCAAAGAACAAGAUCAUGAAGGAAUAUUGGAACUAUUUGAACAGGCACAAGAAGAUUUACGAAGCGACCGAGAGAUCGUUCUUCAAGCACUGGGAGCCAAUAUGCAAUGCAUCAAAUAUUGCCCGAAAAAUAUUUUGUCUGAUCGAGAAAUCAUCAAGAUGGCAAUUCAAAGCGAUGGAGAAUAUUUAUCUUUGGUCGAAAAUACAGAGCUUGCAAAAGAUUAUGAGCUAGUCUUUUUGGCUUGUUGUUGUUCAAAUACAUCAGCACUGUGUUAUGCUGAUGAAAGUUUGCGAAAUGACAAGGAUUUCAUAUUGAAAGUCAUCCAAAAUUGUUCUGGAAAUGCCUAUGUUAAUCAUCUUGGGGAUGACUUGCUCAAUGAUAGAGAAGUAGCUCUCGCUGCUGUUUCUAUGGAUGGUAAUACAUUCAGAAGAUUCUCUGACGAUAUUAGAAAUGAUAGAGAGAUAUUUCUGAAGGCCGUCAGAAAUGCACCACAAUGUAUUGCUAAUGCAGGAGAUGACAUACGGUAUGACCGAAAUAUGGUGUUGAAAGCUGUGACACUGGGAUGUGAUUUGAGUAACCUCCCUUCACAGUUUGCCAAUGACAGAGAAAUUGCUACACUUUGUAUUAAACAAAAUGAUUGGUCGUUUGUCAGUGUAGGUGAAGAUUUGCAGAAGGAUAGAACGUUUGUCAUGGAAGCAAUAAGAUAUGGCUGUUCAUUAUCAUACAUGAAUAACGAAUUUACACAUGAUAAGGAGAUUGUAUUGUUAGCCAUCAAUUAUAACGGAGGCGAGAGUAUUAGAUAUGCCUCUGAUGAGUUAAAAAACGAUCAUGAGUGCGCAAUGGCUGCCAUACGAAGCCAAGGCUUUGCUUUUAGUUUUGUUGGUGACCAAUUCAGAUCUAAUAAGGAACUUGUUUCUAAUAUUUUACAAGAAAAUGGCUACUUAUUUAAAGAACUUUCUGACGAGAUGAAAGCUGAUAAGGAAUUGCUCUUUAUUGUAUUAAAUGGAUCAAAUCCACAUGAACUCAUGUAUGCAAGCCCGGAGCUUAAAGGUAACAGAGAUGUAAUUAAGGAAGCUGUAACAAUUUACGGCCAUUGCUUGCAACAUGCUGCAACUGAACUGAAAAACGACUUUGAAAUUGUAAUGGAGGCUGUGAAACAUGGAGCAUCGCUUGAAUAUGCUAGCGCCGAUUUGCGAGAUAAUUUUGAAAUAUGUCAAGAAGCUCUCUCUCACUCUUCAGAAAAUUAUAGACAUGUUGGACCUUUGAUGCAGAAAAAUAGAGAUUUAGCAAUCCAAGCCAUCGAUAUCUAUGGAUGCAACUACGCAUAUAUUGAUGAUAGCUUAAAACAAGAUGAAGAACUAGCUUGGAAGGCUGUGACUUCUUAUGACGGUUAUGGCUUGAACAUUACUGAUUAUGACGAAAAAUUCCAGCAUGAUAGGAAUAUCAUGCUCGAGUUAAUUAAGAAGCAUCCUAGCCAAUUCGAGUAUUUAUGGAAACCUUUUAAAAGCGACAUUGAAUUUAUUACACAUGCUGUACACCGUGAUGGAAAUACUCUGCAAUACGUACCAAUGGCAUUUAAGAAAGAUCGAGCACUCAUCAAACAAGCAGUGAACGCUGGCCUCUAUUAUACUUACCUUCCAUUAGAAUUUAAACAAGACAUGGAAAUUUUGAAAUUGUAUGCCAAGAGAAGAUCCUUGCAUUUCUAUCCAUCCUUAAAUGAUGAGUUGAAAAGCAACCCUGAAAUAAUCAAAGCAGCACUCCACUCAGGUGUGCCUUUGUCAUCCAUUCCUCUAAAAUUUAGAAAAGAUAAGAAUAUUUGUUUGCAAGCAUUACAUUCUCAACCAUCCAAUUAUCAAUAUUUACCACAAGAAUAUGCUUCAGAUCGAGAAUUUAUUCUAAAAGCGGCCUGUGGUAAUUCAAUAAUUCAAUAUGCAGUAGAAUGGAAUAACGAUGAGGAAAUUGUUAUGGAGUGUGUUAAGAGAGGUGGCUAUUCCCUUGUAUAUGCUUCAGAUGCCCUCAAACAAAAUCGCGAAAUUAUUAUGGAGGCUUUGAGGAGAGAUCCCUCUGCUUUACAAAAGCUUGAUGAUAUGUUCAAGAGAGACAAACAACUUGUGUCAAUAGCGACCUUGAUCAGCCCCUAUUAUAUCAGAUAUGCAGACUCAUCUUUGAAAAGGGAUAAAGAAUUUAUUCUUCAGUUGAUAGAGCAAGGUGGAAAGUUCUUACACAAUCCAUACAUGUUUCGGUAUUCAAGCACUGAGUUGAAGCGAGACAAGGAGCUUACACUUCUUGCCGUGACUUUUGGUGGCUUCUCAGUAUUGCCUUUUGUGAAAAGUGAAUUCAGAGAUGAUCCAGAAGUUAUUGAGCGAGCUCUUGUUGAUAGCAGUGACAGCAUGAAAUAUGCCAGCAAUAGACUGAAACAAGAUGAACAAUUUGUGAUGAGAGCCCUUCGAAUUUCUCCAUCCUGCAUUGAACACGUUCAUGAUAGAUUUAGAACAGAUCUUAAGCUUGUUAAUAAGUUGAUUGAAAACAAUUAUCAAUCUGGUAUUGGUCUUUUGCAAAUGCCAUUACAUAUGAAUCAUGAUCGAGAAAUUGCCAAGAUAGCCAUUGAGGCGGACGCCCUCGAUUAUCAAUGUACGCACUCUACACUAAGAAAGGAUAAGGAGCUUGCCAUGCUUGCUGUUACACAAGUUGGAUCAUUGCUUCGAUAUGCAGACCCAACUUUAAGGAAAGAUCGAGAGAUUGUUAUGGCCGCUCUGAGAAACGACCCACUGGCUUUGGAGUAUGCCUCGAAUGAACUCCAAGACGAUUAUGAACUGGUAGAUAUGGCAAUCAAACGACGUGCAGAUGCCUUAGAGUAUGCAAGUGAGAGACUUCGAAGUGACCGCGAUCUUGUUUUGAAAGCAUUCAAAUACGGACCUGAAUCAAACUACGAAGCAUUUAGCCAUGUCAGCGCUAGUUUGAAAAACGAUAAGGAAAUUGUGAUUUAUGCUGUGAAAAAACAUGGUUUAUCACUGCAAUAUGCAUCUCCUUCAUUGCAAUGCGAAAGAGAGAUUGUGUUGGCUGCUGUAAAACAGAAUGGUGAGGCUUUAGAGUUUGCUUCUGAAGAUUUACGAAAGGAUCCUGAAAUUAUCAGAGAAGCAAUACGGCAAAAUGGAAAAGCACUGGAUUAUGUUAGUACAAAAGUUGACAAAUCCUUGAUCGUUCUUGCAGCUAAAACAUAUGAUAACCUUUCGGAAUCGAUCGAUCAUGACAUGCUAAACGAUGAAGACGUCGCCUUAGAAAUGCUACAAUGCAAUCCAUAUAAAUUUAGAAUAAUGGGACAAAAAGUACGCUACCAUAGAACCAUUGCACUCACUGCUAUCAAAAUCCGUGGUGAUUCCAUUUACUACACAUCCCCCGAGAUGAAGCGUGAUAAGGAAUUCAUUCUACAUGCUGCUUUGAAGGACGAACAUACUCUCUUAUAUUGUUGUGAAGAAUACAAGAAGGACAGAGCGUUUGUUUUGGAUUUAGUCAAACUGAAUGGACCAGCUAUACGAUAUCUUGAUGCCUCCUUCAAGAAAGACCGAGAAAUUGUACUAGCAGCAGUGUUACAGAAUGCUCAUUCCGUGCUAUAUGCUGAUCCGGUCAUGUUCAGUGAUCGAGAAAUUGUCUUAACUGCUGUUAAGAAUGGAUGUUCAGAAGUUUUCAUUCAAGCUUCUGAAGAGUUACGGAAAGAUAACGAAAUUGUACUUCACGCCAUCAUGAAGCCCAAAUUCAUCUAUUUUUCAAAACUGAAUAUUUUUCAAGAUUGGGAUCUCUUGAAAUCCAUUGUGCCAUUACGUCCUGAUGUAUUGCGUUUCGCUCCUGAUGAGGUACGACUUGACAGAGAUUUUAUACUUGGCGUGGCACAACACUCUGGAAGCGUGUUAUUGUAUGCAGACGAAUCAUUCAGAGACGAUCGAGAAAUGGUGUUGGCAGCUGUUCAAAACUAUGGCAUGGCGAUCAUGAGUGCAAGUUAUAGACUUCGAAAUGAUCGAGAAAUUGUCUCACAGGCCAUUCAAAACAAUGGAGAGGUACUGAGCUACAUCAGUUGCCCUGAAUUGAAAUAUGAUAAGCAAUUGAUUUUGCAAGCCAUUGAUAACUGUGAUCAUCCUUAUUUACGCCAAUGCUUGGACCUUAAAGAUAGAGAGAUAAUAUUAGCACUCGUUAAAAAGAGUGGGUACUUAUUCAGUCAGAUACAUGACAUCUUUUGGGAGGAUAAAGAAAUUUUGACAGAAGCCAUCAAAAAUUGUCCAUCCGUUCUUGCAUAUGAUCACCAUUUCAAUUUAAGGGAGGAUCGAGAAUUCAUGAAAGAAAUGAUAGAAAAAACCGAAGUAGCUCUUUUAUAUGCUUCUGACGCAUUGAAGUCUGACAGAGAGUUUGUGUUGAAUGCAGUUAUGAAGAAUGGAAAUGCUCUCAAUUAUGCCGAUGUUAAAUUCAUGCAAGAUCGAGAAAUUGUCAAAAUGGCACUUCAAAACGGUUUGACUCCCAUUCCAUCUCAUUUCAAGAAUGACAGAGAAUUGAUCCUGACUGCAGUUAAGCACAAUGGUGAGAUAUUAGCAAAUAUAACCAACCCAUCACUAUUGAAGGACCGUGAAAUUGUUCUAGAAGCAGUCAAAAGCGAAGGUAAAGCUUUGCAAUAUGUGAGAGUAGAAUUUGGAAAAGAUGUAGAAAUUGUGACGACUGCUGUCAAGCAAAAUCCACAAGCCUUGUCUUAUUCAAUGUUGAAUCUUUCGGAUGACGAUGAAUUGAUGAACGAACUUGUUGAAAAGAAUGAAUUUGCUCUAUUACAUGCCUCUUAUCGACUUCAACAUGAACGAGAGUAUGUUUUGAAGGCUGUGAAAGCACACGGGCUUGCAUUGCAAUUUGCUCUCUUUGAAUUUCGUAAAGACAAGGAAAUUGUAUUGGAAGCACUCAAACAAAAUGUGGAGGCCAAAACCUUUGUACAUUUGGACUUGCUGAAUGAUGAAGAUGUGAAAAGAAUAAUUUUAGAGAAGAAUAAGGAAAAGCUGAAAAACCACCAAAUCAAAAAGUAG